AUGGAAACGAGAUUUACUCGUAUAAUCGAUGAAUUAGCUCAACUCGGAAAGAACUAUACUCAAAACGAGAAUAGAGUUCUUAAAUCAUUGCCUCCGAGUUGGAAAGUUAAAGUUACUACAAUCAAAGAGAUGCAUAAUAUCAAUGAUUACCACAUCGAUAACUUAUUCGGAAAUCUUCGUGCAUACGAAGAAGAUAAUAUUCUGGAUCUUGUCAUUCCUAAAGUGGAAGACAAAAAGAAAAAUAUGGCACUAAAGUCCAUAUUAAUCGAUGAGGAUGAAAACGACGAAGAUUUAAACGAAGAAAUAGCUCUUCUAACGAGACAACUUCGUCGUGUGCUUCAAAGCAAAGCUCAAAGAUACGGAAAAGGCUUCCUUAAAUCAAAUAAUCAACAAAGAGGCAAGAUCAAUCAAAACCCUAAUGGCUAUAAUAAUGCCAACAAUAAUAAUACUUACACUCCUCCAAAGCCAAAGGAACAAAAUUCGGAGGAAACACAAGAUGUGUGUUUUGAGUGUAAGCAACCCGGUCACUUUAAACGAGAAUGUCCUAAGCUUUCUAAAGGACGAACUCUCGUGGCCGAAAAUGGAUGGGAUUUGAGUGAAGACGAAGAGUCAUCGGAAGCAAAUGAAGAAGUGGUUAAUCUUUGCUUAAAUGCUCUAGAGGAUGAAGCUUCAUCAACGGAUGUCUCCACGUCAAAUCAAGAGGUACGUAUUUCUUCUAUGUCUUUACAUAAUCAACAACUUCUUAAUCUAUCUGAUUUGAAUUUAUUAGAUAUUUGUAAAAACGACUUGAUUGAUCUAUUGAUGGAAAUGAGUAGACAAAAUAAUCAACGAUUUCUUACUUUAUGGUCCGAGAAAGAAAAGAUUGAUGAUUUAUAUAAAACUCAAACAGAAGAGUUGUCUCGGAUCAAGGAAUCAAACCUCAUAUACGAGGAAGAAAACUCAUCUCUUUGUGAACAAAAUGAUCUCUUGAAAAAUGAGAUUAAUGAGAACAAGGAUGUUGUUAUUAAAUUAAAGAUCGAAAACACAUCCUUGGUCUUACAAAACGAAGAGUUGAAAAACAAGAAGCUACAAAUAAAUGAGAAUUCUCAAAAGCUUCAUGUUGACUUACUAAACUUGAAAAUUCAAAAUGAGUCAUUAACUCAUGAGGAGUCAACUUUGUUUUUCCAACAAAAUCUCGAAAAUGUUCAAGCCUUGAAAGAAAAAGAUGAAAAAUUCGAGUUUGAAACUCAAAGGCUUAAAGAUGAACAUUCAAAGAUCUUAGAUCAAGUUUUAAAUCAAGAAAAGAUUUUAAACGAAAAGAUUAAAGUCUUGAGCAAAGAAAAAGAAGAUCUUGAGAUUACAAUUCAAAAGUUCACAAAAGGAAAUGAGAUGUUGGAUCGAAUGGUACAUUCAAAGAUAUCCUAUAAUCAUGAAGGAUUAGGAUAUGAUAAAAAUGCUCAACCAAAAGAGUUUGUACAAAAUAAACAAACUACUUUUGUUCCCGCUACACCAAUACAUAAAUGUUCUUAUUGCAACAAGAAUGGACAUACCAUUCAAUAUUGCAAAUUUAAGAAUGGUGAGAUUAAAGGGAAGCACAUAUGGGUUCGAAAAGGAACUAAACCAUAUGUGAAGGUUGAACAUGUACCAAACAAAAAUGUUUCAUCUACUCAAAGGCAACCAAGGUUUAGUUAUGUUCAAAAACCUAUUGCUUACCAAAAUAGAAACACAAGGUAUAAUGCUAGUUCAAAUGGUGAAUCAUCUAGAAGUCAUUAUAUUCCUAGUCAACAUUUCUAUCAUCAAAAUGCCAUGUAUUAUCGAAAUGAUAGAAAUAACAUGUAUCGAGGUGGAAACUCACAAAGAUAUAAUUAUUCGAAAAACACUCGAUAUGUUGAUAACAAUGUGUAUGCUAGGAAUUAUGCAUCUAGAAACUCUUAUAUGCAAAAUUAUGCUUAUACCAUGCCUAGUUUCUAUCAUGCGAAUUCAAAUGCUUUUUAUAAUACACUAACCCAAGGACCCUCAAGACAAAAGGGUACCAACAAAUUUAAUUGA